UUAAAAGCAAUUACACAUCCGGCGCCACCGGAAGCAGCUUGAAAAUGGCGUCGUCCUUGCUGGCGCGGCCAGAAAAAGCUGCUGGAAAAAGUGAAUUUCGUAGCCAGAAACUGAAGCCGGAAAAUCAAGAUGAAUCAGAACUCCUUACUGUUCCUGAUGGUUGGAAGGAACCAGCUUUUUCCAAAGAGGACAAUCCCAGAGGACUCUUGGAGGAGAGCAGUUUUGCAACUUUGUUCCCCAAAUACAGAGAAGCUUACUUGAAAGAGUGUUGGCCAUUGGUGCAGAAAGCCUUAAAUGAACAUCAUGUUAAUGCAACCCUGGACCUUAUUGAGGGCAGUAUGACUGUUUGUACUACAAAGAAGACUUUUGAUCCAUAUAUCAUCAUCAGGGCCAGAGAUCUGAUAAGACUGUUAGCAAGGAGUGUUUCAUAUGAACAGGCAGUACGAAUUCUUCAGGAUGAUGUUGCAUGUGACAUCAUUAAAAUAGGUUCUUUAGUAAGGAAUAAAGAAAGAUUUGUAAAACGAAGACAACGGCUUAUUGGUCCCAAAGGAUCUACAUUGAAGGCAUUGGAACUCUUAACUAAUUGUUAUAUUAUGGUUCAGGGAAACACAGUUUCAGCCAUUGGACCUUUCAGUGGCUUAAAAGAGGUUAGAAAAGUAGUCCUAGAUACUAUGAAGAAUAUUCAUCCAAUUUAUAACAUUAAAAGCUUAAUGAUUAAAAGAGAGUUGGCAAAAGAUUCUGAAUUACGAUCACAAAGUUGGGAGAGAUUUUUGCCACAGUUCAAACAUAAAAAUGUGAAUAAACGCAAGGAACCAAAGAAGAAAACUGUUAAGAAAGAAUAUACGCCAUUCCCACCACCACAGCCAGAAAGUCAGAUUGAUAAAGAAUUGGCUAGUGGUGAAUACUUUUUGAAGGCGAAUCAGAAGAAGCGGCAGAAAAUGGAAGCAAUAAAGGCUAAACAAGCAGAAGCUGUCAGUAAGAGACAAGAGGAAAGAAACAAAGCAUUUAUUCCACCUAAAGAAAAACCAGUUGCAAAACCUAAGAAAGCUUCUACUGAAACUAAAAUUGAUGUGGCCAGCAUCAAGGAAAAGGUUAAGAAAGCAAAGAAUAAGAAACUGGGAGCUCUUACUGCUGAAGAAAUUGCACUUAAGAUGGAAGCAGAUGAAAAGAAAAGAAAAAAAAAGUAACGCACACAAAACUCCUUGACUGGAACUAUCUCCUUUUGUAAAGGAUUUAGAGAUACCAGGCAUUAAUUAGUUGCCUUAUUUGUGAGAAAUUUUCUGAGUUUUGUUCCUAGAACAGUGUUCUUUAUAAGUUAUUGUAUUUUUUUUUGAAAAUUUUAUACUAUAACAUGGUAUGUAUGUCUUUGUAUACAUUAUGACCAUUGUGAUCAUCCAUUAAAUGAUCAAAUAGAAUGAUGUCUCAAAGAUAACAAGUAAAUAUUUAGGUUUAUCCCUUUUGAAAUUUUGAUCAAUCCUUUAAACAAUCUGCAAGCUGAAAAUUAAGCCCUCUGAAAUUAGAUCCCCUGGUUACCCCUGUUUUCUCAGUCUGGGGAAGUGGUAAAUCAGAGACAUCAGAUUGCAAGAAAACAGGGAAAACCAGCUAUUUAGAGUCCAAGCAACAUGUAAACAAUAAUAAUGUUUUUAACUAAUGAAGGAUACUGGAGUUACUAAGAAUCACCUAAAAAAGUGAUACUAUACCUUGCUCAUUUUGCAGAUUUAGAAGUUGAAACACGGGUUAGGUUACUUACUGGAAGUCCACAUGUGGCAACCUGCAAACAAUGCUUAUUUAUAGAGUUAGGAAGUUUCUUCUUUCGAAUAAAAGUAUUGCUGCAACAUAUUUUUUUUUUCUGAAAUGUUUUAAAAUAGAAAUACACCUAAUUAUUAUUGGUUAAAAAAAAGCCAUAAGUGAA